GUCAUUUCUGACUUUGACAUGACGCUGAGCAGGUUUGGGUGCAACGGCAGGCGCUGCCCCACGUCACACAAUAUCCUGGACACCAGCCGUGUUGUCAGCGAGGACGGCAGGAGGAAGCUGAAGGAUCUGCUGCACCAUUACUAUCCCAUUGAAAUUGAUCCCAACCGGACCCUGGAAGAGAAACGUCCCCUCAUGGUGGAGUGGUGGACCAGGGCCCACGAGCUGCUGGUGCAGCAGAAGAUCCACAAAGGUGACAUAGCCCAGAUCGUCAGAGAGUCGGAAGCAAUACUGAGGGAUGGCUUCAAAGAAUUUUUUGGUCAGCUGCAUAAGAACAACAUCCCCCUGUUCAUCUUCUCUGCUGGUGUUGGUGACAUCCUCGAAGAGAUUAUCCGUCAGGCCAACGUCUUCUUCUCCAACGUCAACGUGGUGUCCAACUACAUGGACUUCGAUGAUGACGGAGUCCUCACACACUUCAAGGCACCUCUCAUCCACACCUACAACAAGAACAACAGUGUGCUGCAGGGCACGGAGUACUUCCAGCAGCUGAGCACGAGGACGAGCAUCAUCCUGCUGGGGGACUCCAUGGGUGACCUGACGAUGGCAGAUGGUGUUCCCAGCGUGGAGAACAUCCUCAAGAUUGGCUUUCUCAAUGACAAGGUGGAGGAGCGGAGGGGGAAGUACCUGGAUUCCUAUGACAUUGUGCUGGAGAGUGAUGAGACGCUGGACGUGGUCAACGGGAUCCUGCGGUACAUCCUCACUGAGACAUGA